AAAAAAGCAACAUGGCUAAAAUCAGCAUCCUCCACGCGCCAGGUCGCGGCGAGAGGUCUGGCGAGCGGGUUGUCAUGCAAUCUUCAAGCGGUGGAGCAACGUGGGCUGUAGCCUUGUUCGUUCUGAACAUCUCCCCCAAGCGCGCUACAGACGCCGCGGAGCCACGCCGGCGCAUUGUCAGGAUGCGAAGAUGCAUGGUUAGCGCAGCACCUUGUCUCGUCAGAGCCCUCUCGGCCGGGCUUGCCCAGGUGCCGAGAAAACAAGGUGUGGGCGGGAGGACGUGGAAAGAGGUUCACGCCAGGCCGUCACGGGCUGAAGAAGUUGGGUGUCGCCCGUCCUUUUCCCCCUCCCCUCCGGAGAGGAAAGGGAAAAACGACAGCGGCUUCCCCGAGAGUGAAGAUUUCUCCGAAUUUCUCACAUGCUGGAAAAAGGAUUGA